AACAAAAAGGCUACAGUUGUAUUUAUAAAACCAUUAAACCAAAACAAUCAUGGCGAUUCACGGAUACGAAAUGGAUGAACAUAGAGCUUCUUCAUCGAGAAGACGAAGAUCUAUAUAUCACAAUCUAGGAGGAGGACACUUUGCUGAUUUAAUGUUCUGGAAGAACAAGAAAGAAUCAGGAACAAUCUUGGCGGUAUUCACAUUGAUAUGGUUCUUAUUCGAAGUAGUUGAAUAUCCUUUCAUCACUUUCCUCUGCCAAACCCUCUUAAUCUGCAUAUUCAUCUUCCUCAUUUGGUCUUACAUUGGCUCUUCACAACUAAUCCAGCGGAAACCACCGAGUAUCAAUGAUCUAAGGAUCUCGGAAUCGACUUGGAGAAUCCUCUUUGCCAAGAUCAACUGGUUCAUCAUCAAAUUGUAUGAUAUUUCGAGUGGCAAAGACUUCAAACUCCUGUUUUUGGCUGUUGUUGCACUAUGGAUAUUAUCAGUGGUCGGAAACUAUUUCAGCUCUCUAACUCUGUUAUACAUCGUAUUUGUGGGUCUGGAGACGAUACCAAUGUUGUAUGAGCAAUACGAAGAAGAGCUAAAUUAUGCAGCAAGUAAAAGCGGGAGGGACAUGAAGAAGCUCUUUAAGAACAUCAACUCUAAAGUCAUUAACAAAAUCCCUAAAGCCAAUGCUAAAACUAGGAAGCAUAUGUAAAAUUAUGUAUAUCAAGCUUCUGGAUCUGCACAUGCUUCAUAUUAAAGUAAUAGGUCUUUGUUCAUGUAAUCAUAAAUGCUCAUCAGGAGUUCAAGAUUCAAUGGGUAUACAAUAAUUAUAUUUCGUUGUAACUAAAAACAGUUGUUGAUAUGA